ACUCGGACGGUUUCUUAGCAGCUCAAGUAUGUUCUAAUUAAUAUUCAUGAGCAGUGCUUUCGCCGUAGUAGGGUUCGUAAUUCGGUCGGAACCGAGCGCAUCUCUCCAGUUGCAGUUAUGGCGGAGCCCUCGGCGCGAAGAGAUGAUGGGUGGCAGGAUUUCAACGACUUGAAGGGCGGAACGGGACGGGAAAUUCACCUGGAGCGGGCUCGUGUGAACGCCGAGGAGAUGUCGCUGCUGCUGGACGCGGUCUCUGCCGCCGAGCACGCGUUUGAGACGAGCCCCUACGCGUCCACGGAGGACGUGACCGCACACUUCGACGAGAAGUUACAGUUGUGCUUCCAAAAUGUACACCCUAGACCGGACGAGAUACAUCCAGUGACGCCGAUAAACGAGGACACGACCCUGAAGUACGACGAGAUCUGGAGCGCUCUGACGGACAGCUUUGGCAGUGUGAUGCCGGUGGACUGGAGUCGGUGCAGAACCCGCUCGCUUCACCUCUCCACGCUGAGCGUCGAGGACCGAGCGGUGAGCGUCAACCUGGACCUGUCUGACGAUGAGGACCUGAGGGAGCAGAUGGACAUGCACUCCAUCAUCGUGUCCUGCAUCAGCGAGGAACCGCUGCUCACCGCUGAACAGGUGAUUGAGGAGCUAGAGGAGCUCAUGCAGGACUCUCCAGAGACGGAGUCGGAGCGGAUGGCUCCACACGCAGAGCUCUCCUCCAUCUCUCAGAAGAGCCAGAGAUCUCCCAGAAGCCAGAUCUACGAGGAGCGAGUGAGGCUGAUGUCUGCGCUGGAGCUGAACGGCGAGCUGGAGGACGUGGAGAUGGCCAUACGGGGAUAUUCAGAGGAGCUCGUCCAGCACUUGGCUGUCAGGGACGAGCUGGAGUUCGAGAAGGAGGUGAAGAACAGCUUCAUCUCGGUUCUCAUAGACGUACAGAACCGGCAGAAGGUCCAGCGGGAGAUGCUGAAAAAGAAGAGGAAAGUGAGGAACGCGGCUGGAUCAGAGAGGCUGCCGUCUUCUCGUUUCAGCAUGGAGGGACUCUCUACUGCUAUUCAGAAUGGCUUUCGCCACACUUUUGGCAAUGGUGGUGGGGAGAAACAGUAUGUAACGACAGUCAUCCCUUACGAGAGGAAAGACGGACCGCCAUCACUCCAAGACCUUCAGAUUUUCACCAAAAUUUUAGAAGCCAUGAGAGAUGACGGCGAUAAAGUCCCGAGCCUUCUCACGGACUACAUCCUUAAAGUGCUCUGCCCCACCUAGAGAGAGAGAGAGAGAGAGAGAGAGAGAGAGAGAGAGGGCGGCUGGUCUCUGUCUGUCGCUGCUGGGUUCUUCUCCACUGAUGCCAUGGUCUGUAUUUUGCAUGUUUCACUGCACAUGGCAGCAUUCGGCGUUUGUGCGUUCAGUGACCGGAGGAAAGAUUGUAGGGCUACGCCCGGCUUGUUUUGGGGGUCAUUUCUGUCUUCUGCUCGAGGAUAACCACAUGCAGUGAACCCUCAAACUAUUUGCUCUACGAUCCAGUGCAUUUAAGAUAAUACAGGAGAAUAAUAUGGUAACGAAUAGAAAGAUCAAGCAGAAUGCAAGACUGCUUCAAGGGCUAAAACGGCAGGAGAUAUAAAUGACUGCAUCUGUUCUUACAGUAAAAACAGGGUGGAUGGUGUUAAGGUACUAAUGUAGAGAGAGUUAUUAGCAUCCCACGGUAAGCAGCAGUUUAACCACCGUCUGCAUGAUUUCAGUCACAACCCCCCGUUCUAAUAAUACUAAAUAAAAUAUUAUAAAUCAGUAAAAAGUACUUAAAUAGAAUACAAAUAACUGCUCGUAUCAUAUUAAUAAUUUGCCUAUUGCUGGUGUGUGUGUGUGUGUGUGUAUAUAUAUAUAUAUAUAUAUAUAUAUAUAUAUAUAUAUAUAUAUAUAUAUA